AUGGUUUUGGAAAAGCUGAACCCCAUGCACUAUAAUGUCACCAGCAUGGUGCCGGAAGUUGUACCUGUUGGCGCCAUGCCACUCCUGCUGCUCACGGGAAUCCUUCUCUUGAUUUGGAAUUAUGAGAACACAUCCUCAAUACCAGGUCCUGCCUACUGUCUGGGAAUUGGACCCCUCAUUUCCCAUGGUAGAUUCCUGUGGAUGGGGAUCGGCAGUGCCUGCAACUACUAUAACAAGAUGUACGGAGAGUUCAUGAGAGUCUGGAUAAGUGGAGAGGAAACCCUCAUCAUCAGCAAGUCCUCAAGUAUGUUCCAUGUAAUGAAGCACAAUAAGUACAUCUCCCGAUUUGGCAGCAAACUUGGCUUGCAGUGUAUUGGUAUGCAUGAGAAAGGCAUCAUAUUUAACAAUAAUCCAGACGUCUGGAAAGAAGUUCGGCCUUUCUUUAUGAAAGCUUUGACGGGCCCUGGCCUUGUUCGCAUGGUGGCGGUUUGUGCGGAAUCCAUCCUCAGGCAUCUGGACAAGCUGGACGAGGUCACCAAUGCCCUGGGCUAUGUGGACGUGCUGACCCUCAUGCGACGCAUCAUGCUGGACACCUCCAACGUGCUCUUCUUGGGAAUCCCCUUGGAUGAAAGUGCCAUUGUGAAUAAAAUCCGAGGUUAUUUUGAUGCAUGGCAAGCUCUCCUUCUAAAACCCAACAUCUUCUUUAAGAUUUCUUGGCUGUACAAAAAGUAUGAAAAGUCUGUCAAGGAUUUGAAAGAUGCCAUAGAUGUUUUGGUAGAAGAAAAAAGACACCAGGUUUCCAUGGCAGAGAAACUGGAAGACUGUAUGGACUUUGCCACUGACUUGAUUUUUGCUGAGAAACGUGGAGAACUAACAAAAGAGAACGUGAACCAAUGUAUAUUGGAAAUGCUGAUAGCGGCCCCUGACACCAUGUCUGUCACAGUGUACUUCAUGCUCUCUCUCAUUGCAAAGCACCCUAAUGUUGAGGAAGAAAUAAUGAAGGAAAUCCAGACUGUUGUUGGUGAGAGAGACAUACAAAUGAAUGAUAUACAAAAAUUGAAAGUGGUGGAAAACUUCAUCUACGAGAGCCUGCGGUACCACCCUGCUGUGGAUUUGGUCAUGCGCAGAGCCUUGGAAGACGAUGUGAUUGAUGGCUACCCAGUGAAAAAGGGAACUAACAUUAUUCUGAAUAUUGGAAGAAUGCACAGACUUGAGUAUUUCCCCAAGCCCAAUGAAUUUACUCUGGAAAAUUUUGAGAAGAAUGUUCCUUACAGGUACUUUCAGCCAUUUGGCUUUGGGCCUCGUGGUUGUGCAGGAAAGUACAUUGCUAUGGUGAUGAUGAAAGUUGUCUUGGUUACGCUUCUGAGACGAUACCAUGUGGAGACAUUGCGAGGGCAGUGUGUUGAAGACAUACAGAAAGUAAAUGAUUUGUCUGUGCACCCAGAUGAGACGAGUGACCUGCUGGAAAUGGUUUUUAUCCCAAGAAAUUCAGUCAAGUGCCUCAACCAAUAG